AUGGCUGAAUCCAACGAUGCUGCUGCCCCGGCAGCCAAGCUUGUUAAGCCCAAUGUCGAACUCUUCAAUGAGCAGGUCGCCAAGGCUGAGAAAGAGUACAAUGAUGCCAUGUCUAGAUAUAAUGCCAUCAAGGCCAAGGUUGAACUUGCCCAGCCAAACAACAGGAACAAGGAUACCCAGAACCCAACCCAGAAGCGCCGGCAGGAACUGAUCACCCAGGCCAACGAGAUCCGCCAGAAGCAGGCUGGCGGCAAGAAUGCCCGCAGUGGCAAGCUGGAACAGAUCAAGCGCCUCGAUGAGCAGGUCCGCAGUCGCAUUGCUGAGCAGAAGACCGCCCGGGGCAAGGUGUCCUUCAAGAGCGCCGAGGAUGUCGACCGCGAGAUUCAGAGGCUCGAUAGCCAGGUCAAUAGCGGCAUGAUGAAGCUUGUCGACGAGAAGAAGGCCCUCGCAGAGAUUUCGAACCUCCGCAAGGUGCGCAAGAACUUCUCCCAGUUCGAUGAUUCGCAGAAGCAGAUCGACGACCUGCGCGCCAAGAUCAAGGAAAUCAAGGACAGCAUGGACGACCCCGAGGCCAAGGCCCUGAGCGAACAGUACUCCAAGAUCCAGGCCGAACUCGACGCCAUCAAGGCCGAGCAAGACGAAGUAUACAAAAACUUGUCGGGCCUGCGCGACGAGCGAUCCAAGCUCCAGGCUGAGCAACAGCAGAAAUUCCAGGCCAUUCGCAAACUGAAGGACGAAUACUACACUCAGAAGAAGGCAUUUGAGCAGCACGAGCGCGAGGCCCGCCAGCGUGCUCGGGAACGGCACCAGUCCGAGCGGGACCGCAUUGCCAAGGAGCGGAAGAUGGAGCGUGCCCAGAAGCUGCUUACCGAGGCCAGCGACCCUGCGUACCUGGAGGAAAUCCGCCGGGCUAAUAGCCUGCUGCAUUUCUUCGACCCUUCACACCAGGCAGCCGACGAGAAGUCUCCUCUGCUCGCCAGCAAGGGCCUGAGCGCCCAGGCGCAACGAAAGGUUGACGACGCAAACAUCAAGGGCACCAAGCUCCUUCGGAAGGAGGAUCGCGAAGACGAGUACCUACCCGCCGUGAAGAAGGGCAAGAAGAGCAAGAAGACGGGCCCCGCAGAGUCGUCCGCAAAGUUCUUCAACUGCCCCCCCUCCGUCAUUGAGGAUUGCGCAUUCGUCGGUGUCGACCCGCCUAUGGGCUCUGCCGAUGUCCCCACCGUUAUUGAGAAGGUCAAGGCCAAGCUGGACCACUGGAAGGCUGACCAAACUGAGCAGACCAAUCGGAACAUAGAGAAGGCCAAGAAGGAGAUUGAACGUCUGGAAGCCGCAGAGGCGGCUGAAUCGUCCGGCACCGCCACCACCACUACCAACGGUGCCAACGGCAAGAAGAGCGAGGACAAGCCUGUGGCUGAAGUGACGGCUGACCUAAAGGAAACCUCGAUCGCAGAUAAGGAAGAGGUGAAGGCGUAA